UCCUCGUCAGAGCUUACGGCAAGUAGAGCGUAUUCAGAUAAACUGCGUUACUGGAGGGAUUUUAAAACUAUUUUGCCAUUUCGUUUGAUCUGCUUUUAAAAAAGACCAGCUAAACGGUUACAUUUAAAGGGCAUUUCAGAUCUGGAGCCCAGAAGACGCUCCUUCAACAUGGCAUCACAAGUACCAGCAGCCAAGAAAGAUGAGAAGGGCAGAAACAUACAAGUGGUUGUACGAUGCAGACCCUUUAACACAGUGGAGCGUAAAUCUGGCUCUCACACGGUUGUUGAGUGUGACCAGAACCGAAAAGAGGUGAUGAUGCGUACUGGAGGUGCCACGGACAAAGCAGCAAGAAAAACAUACACUUUUGAUAUGGUUUUUGGCCCUUCUGCCAAACAAAUUGAAGUUUAUAGGAGUGUGGUUUGCCCCAUAUUAGAUGAAGUUAUCAUGGGCUAUAACUGCACAAUCUUUGCAUAUGGGCAAACUGGAACAGGCAAAACCUUCACAAUGGAAGGUGACCGAUCACCUAAUGAGGAGUUUACUUGGGAAGAGGACCCUCUGGCUGGAAUCAUUCCCAGAACUCUUCAUCAGAUCUUUGAAAAACUGUCCAAUAAUGGCACAGAGUUCUCAGUGAAGGUGUCUCUGCUGGAAAUUUAUAACGAGGAACUGUUUGACCUGCUCAGCCCUGCUCCUGAUGUCACAGAGAGACUACAGCUCUUUGAUGAUCCCAGAAAUAAAAGGGGUGUGACUAUUAAAGGUCUGGAGGAGAUCACAGUACACAAUAAGAAUGAGGUGUAUCAGAUUCUGGAGAGAGGUGCAGCCAAGAGGAAGACUGCCUCCACACUCAUGAAUGCCUAUUCAAGUCGAUCCCACUCUGUGUUUUCUGUGACUAUUCACAUGAAAGAAAUCACACUGGAUGGAGAAGAGCUAGUUAAGAUUGGUAAACUCAACUUGGUGGAUCUUGCAGGUAGUGAGAACAUAGGGCGAUCUGGUGCUGUGGAUAAGCGUGCACGUGAAGCUGGCAACAUCAACCAGUCUCUGCUAACUCUGGGUCGUGUAAUCAAGGCUUUGGUGGAGAGAGGGCCUCACGUGCCCUACAGAGAGUCUAAGCUCACCCGCAUACUGCAGGACUCACUAGGAGGACGCACCAAAACCUCUAUCAUCGCCACUGUGUCUCCUGCCUCCAUCAAUCUGGAGGAAACUCUGAGCACUUUGGACUAUGCUAACAGAGCUAAGAGCAUCAUGAAUAAGCCUGAGGUCAACCAAAAGCUUACCAAGAGAACUCUCAUCAAGGAAUACACAGAGGAGAUUGAGAGAUUGAAGAGAGAUUUGGCUGCCACCCGUGACAAACAUGGAGUGUACCUUUCUGUUGAUAACUAUGAGACUUUGAAUGGUAAAAUUGUGUCUCAGGAAGAGCAGAUUACAGAGUACACUGAGCGGAUUGCUGCAAUGGAGGAGGAGCUCAAAAAGAUUAUGGACCUGUUCACCGAUAAUAAGCAGAAAUUGGAACAGUGCACAGAGGACCUGCAGGACAAAAACCAGAGACUGGAGGAGACUCACAAGGACCUAACAGAGACCAGGCACCGCCUUAAUCAAGAGGAAUUCAUCAGUGCACAGCUUCAAACCAAUGAGUGUCAACUCUAUAACACUGCUGACCAGCUGUUGAGCACUGCUGAGGCCAGCACUCAGGAUGUUGGUGGUCUCCAUGCUAAGCUACAAAGGAAGAAAGAUGUGGAGCUUCAUAACGGGAAGGUCCAGGAAAGCUUCACCCAGUGCAUGGAGAACUGCUACAACAGCAUGCAGACCUCACUGCAGGAUCAGAGCCACAAACAUGCUGCUAUGAUUGACUAUUACCGCUCUUCUGUGGGUGAGCUGCUGAACAUGAAUGGCAAUGUGUUUAAGGAGACUUUGGGUGCUGUGUGCGAGUCUUACAGCAGUAUUAAAGGAGCUGUGGGAGAAGGUGUGGAGCAGUGUAAGGAACAAGUGUUAAAUCAGGAGAAACUCUCUCAGGAUGCUCAGAACAGCAUCCUGGAAAUACUGGAUGAACACAAACGGCACCUAGAGGAGGUUCUGGUUGCCCAGGCGGUGCCAGGUAUCAGGUCUGUCAUGUCCAUGAAUGAUAAUCUGAAGCAAACCCUUCACCGAUACCACACCUUGGCUGAGCAGAUGCAGAGUCUAAAAGCAGACAUGAUGUCAUUUUUUGAUGCGUACACUGAAUCACUGGCCAGUAUGCGAGAGUGCGCUUUGCAGGGUUUUAACUCACUGCGUGCCGAACAUGACAAACUCAAACAACAAAUCAGCCAAGCUGGAAACAGCCAUAAAGCGCGUGUGGCCGAGCUGGUUCAGUGUUUGCAGAACCAAAUGAAUCUGCUGGCGGUGGACACUCAGAAUGACUUUGAGAGUCUUUCACAAGCAGCAUCUGCCCAGAUUCCUCCACUAGAAACAUUACAGAGCUCCAUACAGAGUAAAUGCACCGUGGCUGAGGAGCAAGCCGUGUCUGUUCGCGCUUGUCUGGGUUCCUCUGUUCAUGGAGUUAUUUUGGAGAUGAAUAGUGUGACUGAGGAGGGAGAGAGGGCGCUGGAGGAGUGUGCUGGUUAUUGUGGACACCUGCAGACAUCUCUGGACUCGCUGGCUGAGUCGGGACUCAAGUGGUGUGAUGAAGCUAAAGGCUUGACUGAGUGUAAAGCCCAAGAGCAACUCAAACUCAUCAGACAGACAGACACUGCUGUGCAAGACCUGCUGAAGUCUGUGGAAGAAAAGGGUGAGAAAGCCGUUCAGGACUGUGAGACCCGAUUGGGUCAAAUGCAGCAGGAAAUGGAAGCAACCCUGGGUCGUGUGGAAAUGCAGACCAGCAAAGAUGAAGCUACCUUGCAGGAGCACAGAGAGACCCUGUCCUCCAUCAACACUCAGGCACUGGACACUGUGCACAACUUUAUCAGCUCAGAGCUACGGCAGGAUUUACCAACAGGAACGACCCCUCAGCGCAAAGAGUACACAUACCCACGUGUGCUGAGCAAGCCAAGGAGUAGAGAAGAGCUGGAAGAGGAGUUCAGAUCUCAGCAAGAGCAGCUUCAGUCUGAACUCAAACCAUGUGAGAUCGUCAUGGAGGCGGAGGAGAAACCUCUUGACCAGGACUCUCUGGAGGAUGAAGUCAGUGUUUCUAGUGAUGGAAACAACACUGAACAGUCGUGCUCUGAUGAGAACCUGAUGUGUUAUGAGAAUGGAAGGAUUCCCUUCUUCAAGAAGAAAAGCAAGAAGGAAAAUGGCAGUAAAUCACUGAACCGUUCAAAGGUGGAGAAUGACAGCAUGUUAACGCCACCCCGCUCUAAACUUCCACUCAGAUGUCAGAAUUAACCUAAAUUAUGUUGCCGAUUUUACUCCCUUUGUGUAUUAAUCUUCCAAGUCCCUCUGUCUUAAACGUUGCUUUUUUUAUCCAUGUUUGUCUUUUUAAAACUUCAAUUAGCAAUGUAUUUAUGUUUCAUGUCUGUCCACACAAGUCAGUUCAAUAAUAAGUGUUAUAACUUCAGGGUGAUUUCGUACUGUUACUUUUCCUGUUUCACUAGCAUUUAGGCUCGUUUGUAUUUGUUCAAGGUUUUGUAUGUUUAAUUAAAGACUAAAAAUAAAUGGUCUACUCCAUCUCUCAAGUAAUAAAAUAUUUUUAAAGUAUGUUUCAGUUUUGAAAUGUUUGUAUAAAGUUUUCUAUUACACUUUUAAUUAAAUACAGUUGGUGAUUGUAACACUGGUGCUCUUUGCGUUUUCCUCAAUUUUUAAUUAAAAACAGUUGUUUGCUGGAUGACAUUUGUAUUUGUGCGCAUAAUAAAGAAGUUAAAUGAAA